AUGGCUGAACAAUAUUUACAAGUAGAUGGUGCUAAUCUUUGUUAUGAAAUUGAAGGAGCUGGUCCCUAUAUCGUAUUUGUUGCAGGAGGGAAUGGAGGUCAUUUAUUAUUUAAGCGUAUCCGUGAUCUUUUGGUGAAAUAUUUUACUGUUGUCUUGUAUGAUCGGCGUGGAUAUUUUCGGAGCAAGCUAACUGGUCCUCAAGAUUACUCAAAGAAUGUUGACACUAACGUCGAAGACUUAUUUAUGUUGAUGAGAAAAAUAACUGUUAAUAAGUUCAUAUUUUUUGGUAUGAGCGGUUCCGCUGCGAUUGGAUUGAAGUAUUUAACAGCUCACCCUGAAACAAUAUCGAAAAUGUUUAUUCAUGAACCACUUUUGUACUUGGAAAACUUUCCGGGUAUAAAUGAAGCUAGAGGAUUUCACUACUAUGCAUAUCGAACUUUCCAUAUAGAAGGUCAAAAUGCUUGUAUGAAUCUUGCUGGUAAUUUUUACUUCAAUGAGAUGGACCGUCAGAUAUUUCUUGGUAAUCAAAAGAAGAAAAAGAUAAAUAACUGGAGUUAUUGGUUCGAGCACGAGUUCUGUGAAGAUCUCUUUACCAAAAUGAAUUUGGAUAUGAUAAAAGUUCAUAGUGACAAGUUGAUAUUUUUACAUGGUGUAGAAUCUAGAGAAAGCUUUAUUCACGAACCUGGAGCUUUCAUUGCUGAUACCUUGGGAAAAGUGACACUACCAUUUCCUGGUGGUCAUACUGGCUUUUACACUCGUCCUGAAGAAUUCGCGGCCGAUUUUCUCGAACUUUGUCGAGUUAAUUUUCUCCUAAAAUACCAACCAAAGUUGUAA